GUCACGGAGGCUGCGCGUGCAGCUGGCUGCUGAGUGCAUGUCCUGCAGCCAGACUCCACAUUUACCUGGAAACACAAUGGAGUUGUCAUAUCAAGCCAUCAAAACUGCAAACCAGGCAAGAGAAGCAGACGAAUUAAGAACAGAGACCAGAAGAAGGAAUUUGCUUAUAUUAAUUUAUCAUCAUUUAAUGGAGGAAGGGUAUGUGGAUGCUGCUAAUGCACUGGAACAAGAGACCCAUUUUGGGUUGCGUAGGUUUGAAGUGUGCGACAAUGUUGACUUGGAUACAAUUCUCAUGGAGUACGAAAGCUUUUACUUCAUUAAGUUUCAGAAAUAUCCCAAGCUGACAAAGAAACUGCCAGAACAAGGUGAGAAUAGACGUGUUAGAAGCUCCGGUAAAAAGAGGACCCCAAGUGUAACAAAAACACUGCCCAGAAUCACAAGUGUUCAGCGUCCGCAGUCCAGGAAUGGGAUUAAAAAGCAAGAGUCUAAGGCAGCAGGGAAGGAUUGUAUGAAGUCUGGAACUGAGAACGGAGGAUCAUAUCUCCCAGAGAGCAAUGAGUUUGGCCUCAAUGUGUCACCCAUCAUUAGGAAUGGAGUUGGCGACGGGACGCAGAUGAAGAAGGGUCAACUGUUGGACUACAGGGGUCUCAUUCAGGAGGCUAUUAAAGGAACUUUUAAUGAAACAGCAGCAAACAGCUUGUCCUGUAAUCCUGAUCCUUCAGAGCGGCUGCUCAAACCCAUCAGUGCCUUCUGCGGGAUGAACAGCGAGACAAGAGAGCUAGCAGCAGUUAUUAGUCGAGAUAUCUAUUUACACAACCCCAACGUGCACUGGGACGACAUUAUAGGCCUGGAGGCUGCCAAGCGAUUAGUCAAAGAGGCUGUCGUCUACCCCAUUAAGUACCCUCAACUGUUCACAGGAAUUCUCUCACCAUGGAAAGGUUUGCUGCUUUACGGGCCUCCAGGCACAGGAAAGACUCUGCUGGCAAAAGCAGUAGCUACAGAAUGCAACACAACAUUCUUUAACAUCUCUGCAUCCAGCAUCGUAAGCAAAUGGAGAGGAGAUUCUGAGAAGCUGGUUCGGGUUUUGUUUGAGUUGGCGAGAUAUCAUGCCCCAUCCACCAUCUUUCUGGAUGAGCUGGAGUCAGUGAUGGGUCAGAGAGGUGUUGGUCCAGGAGGUGAGCAUGAAGGCAGCAGGAGGAUGAAGACAGAGCUCCUUGUUCAGAUGGAUGGACUGGCACGCUCUAACGACCUGGUGUUUGUUUUGGCUGCCUCAAAUCUACCCUGGGAGCUGGACCAUGCAAUGCUGAGAAGAUUGGAGAAGAGGAUACUCGUGGGUCUGCCUUGUGGUCUAGCCAGAAAGGCAAUGAUCAAUCACUGGCUUCCUCCAAUCAGCAAUACAGGAGGGGUGGAGCUUCGAACUGAGCUAGACUAUGAUGUGCUUGCAGAGGAAACAGACGGUUACUCCGGCUCAGAUAUCAGGCUGGUCUGUAAGGAAGCGGCGAUGAGGCCUGUCAGGAAGAUUUUCGACACCCUGGAAAAUCACAGUGAGGGUCACAGCCAUAUGCCGCUUGUUAAACUAGAAACUGUGACCACAGCAGAUUUCCUGCAGGUCAUCGCUCACACCAAACCAUCAGCCAGGAACCUGACAGACAAAUUCUCUGCCUGGGAGAGAGAGUACGAGUCUGUCUGAGCUUACACUCUGGACUGUGAGCACAAUGCUCGUGUACAUACUGCACCCAAAUCACAUCUUCUCAAACUGAACACAGGUUGCAUACCAUAAAGCAGGACAACAACGUAAUAUAAUACAGAGCCACAUUACGUUCUGAUAAAUGUACAGAAAUUGGAAAUAAAAACUUUAAUGUUUUGUA